GCUGAUGCUGUAUCUUAUUGUAAUAAAGUUGAUUAUUAUCUAGAUCUUACAGUUACUUGUAGAAUGACUUCAAUUAUUCAAAAUAUUGAAUCACCUUCACAUAAGAUUUCGACUGAAAUGAAUAUCGAUGAAAACCCUAAAAUCUCUAAAAUUACAUUGGCCGAACAGAUUACUUAUUUAGAAAAAGAUUUCAUACUCGUGGUUAAGAGCAAAGAUCUUGAUCAACCUCGAGCUUUCGUUGAAUAUAAUCCCGAAACAGAAACCAAAUGUGUUAUGUUAACAUUGAUCCCGAAAUUCGCGUUAAAUACAACCAUGACCGAGUUAGUUUUCGUCGUUGAUAGGUCAGGAUCUAUGAGCGACGAACCUAUGAAAAAGGCUGCGCAGGCACUUGAAUUGUUAUUACGUUCGCUGCCUGAAGAUUGUUACUUUAAUGUGGUAUCUUUUGGAUCUCAUCACGAUUCUCUUUUUCCAAAAAGUCAAUUUUAUUCCGAAACAUCAUUAUCUCAGGCUAUUAAACUUGCUCAAUCUAUGACCUCAGAUUAUGGUGGAACGGAAAUUCAUGGAGUAUUAAAAUGGGUUUUCGAGAAUUCAAGAGAUGAUAUGCCAACUUCUGUAUUUCUCAUUACAGAUGGGGAAGUCUAUAAUGUCGAACAAAUUGUAGAACUUGUACGUGAAAAGGAAGAAAAAAAGAAGGAUGAUUUGCGUCUUUUUUCAUUAGGAAUUGGUGAUUCUGUUUCUCAUAAUUUAGUCGAAUCUGUUGCUCGUGCUGGUAGAGGAUAUGCCCAAUUUGUAACAACCAAUGAAAGGAUGGAUAAAAAAGUUAUUGGAAUGUUGAGGAAUGCAUUAAAACCACCGAUCAAAGAUUAUAAAAUUACUUGGACUGACGUUGAUUUCUCGGAAUCAACCGAGAAGGAAGUUACUUCGAUGGUGGAAGAUAAGCCCGUUAUUAGCUUACAUAGCGACAAGACGGAACCUCCGCCAUCACCUCCAAGUAAUAUCUUUACAGAUAUAAAGAUUCGACAAGCUCCAUAUUUAAUUCCACCUAUUUAUCCUGGCGCUCGCUUCGUU